AUGAUGAAACUAUCCUUUUACCUUACAGGUGCACAAAAUAUCUCAACAAUAUUAAAGCAUGUUUCUGUACCAAUUGUACCAAAUGAUCAGUGUACAAUGAGUUAUGCAACAUUACGAAAUGGACCGAAUCCAGUUUAUGUAUCAAUUCAGAAUAAUGUAAUAUGUGCAGGAUUUGCAGAAGGUGGGAAAGAUGCCUGUCAGUUUGAUUCUGGUGGCCCAUUAAUGUGUAAAAAUAAUCAUCAAUGGAUUGUUAGUGGAAUUAUCUCAUUUGGUUAUGGAUGCGGGAAUGCUAAUUACCCUGGAGUAUAUACACGUGUCUCAGAUUAUCUCGAUUGGAUUCAGGGUAUCGCUAAUGCUUUCACAUUCUAAACUGAACUAAACUUAACUUAAACUGAACUGAACUUAACUUAACUGCACCAAUCUGCUAACAUUUUAAAUGUAACAGAGGAGAGAGAGAGAAGACAAAGACAAUGAUGGAAACGCAAAGAGUGACACAUUUUUUUGCAUAUUAUAUGAACAUAAAAAUGAAAAUAAAAACUUACAUAUACUCAGAAUAAAGUUG